AUGGCGGCUCCCGCUGGGCAGGUUCCCUUUGGCCUGGUGGUGAUGGGAGCCCGUCCCUCGGGAGGGAAAGUUCAGGCCCAGGAGCAGCCCAAGUACCGGUUUCGCAAGCGGGACAAAGUGUUGUUCUACGGGCGUAAGAUUAUGCGCAAGGUUUCUCAGUCCACGUCCUCCCUGGUCGACACCACCAUCUCCUCUGCUUCUCGGCCCCGUAUGAAGAAGAAGCUCAAGAUGCUGAACAUUGCCAAAAAAAUCCUGCGCAUCAAGAAGGAGCUGCCAACCCUCCAGCUGAAGGAGCCCCCACCCUCAGUCCUGGAGGCUGACCUUACCGAGUUUGAUGUGGCCAACUCUCACCUCCCCUCUGAGGUCCUCUACAUGCUGAAGAAUGUACGGGUGCUGGGUCACUUUGAGAAGCCCCUGUUCCUGGAGCUGUGCAAGCACAUGACUUUCCAGCAGUGCCAGCAGGGCGAGUACGUCUUCCGCCCCGGGCAGCCGGACACCAGCAUCUACGUGGUCCAGGAUGGCAAGCUGGAGCUCUUCCUGUCUGAGCAGGAUGGGAAGGAGACCCUUGUGAAGGAGGUGUUCCCAGGGGACAGCGUGCACAGCCUCCUCAGCAUCCUGGACGUGAUCACGGGUCACCAGCGGCCCUAUCGCACCGUCUCUGCACGGGCGGCGGAGGACUCCACAGUGCUGCGCCUGCCCGUGGAGGCUUUCUCAGCUGUCUUUGAGAAGUACCCCGAAAGUCUGGUCAGGGUGGUGCAGAUCAUAAUGGUGCGCCUGCAGAGAGUCACCUUCCUGGCCUUGCACAACUAUCUCGGCCUCACCAAUGAGCUUUUCAGCCACGAGAUGCAGCCCCUGCGGCUUUUCCCCCAGCCAGGCCACGCCUCCCGCACGAGUCCCGUCCGGCACGGCAAGCGCGGCAUCAGCACUUCCUCCGUCGAGGAUGCCAAAGAGAGUGCUGGGAAGCAGCCAGAGGCCCCCGCCAAGGACCCAGGGGACCCCACGAAACCUGGUUUACUGGAACCACCUUCCGCCCCACCGUUGAGUCGCUGCAUCUCUAUGCCCGUCGACAUUUCAGGGAUCCAGAGGGCCCCUCGCUCUGACUUCGACAUGGCCUACGAGCGCGGCCGCAUCUCCGUGUCCCUCCAGGAGGACAGCACUGCCUCGCUAGCCAGCUUUGCCCGAUCAGUCUCCCACGAGCCCCGGGAACGGAAGACGGUGACGGUCGAGGAGCAGCCCUCUGGGGUCUACCACUACAAUUACUGUGAGGAUGGCUCAGCCGGUGGCGACUGCCUCUUCGGGCCCUACCAGGGCCGCCAGACCAGCGCCAUCUUCGAGGCGGCCAAGCGGGAGCUGGUCAAACUGAUGAAGAUCGAGGACUCCUCCUUGCUGAACCACCGGGUUUUGCUGCAUCACGCCAAGGCCGGGACGGUGAUUGCCCGCCAAGGGGACCAGGACGUCAGCCUGCACUUUGUGCUGUGGGGCUGCCUGCACAUCUACCAGCGGAUGAUCGACAAGGCUGAAGACGUGUGCCUCUUCCUGACCCAGCCGGGGGAGAUGGUGGGCCAGCUGGCCGUGCUCACGGGGGAGCCGCUGAUCUUCACCAUCAAGGCUAACCGAGACUGCACUUUCCUCAAGAUCUCCAAGUCCGACUUCUACGACAUCAUGCGUGAGCAGCCCAGCGUGGUCUUGAGUGUCGCUCACACUGUUGCCGCCCGCAUGUCUCCCUUUGUGCGCCAGAUGGACUUUGCCAUUGACUGGAUGGCCGUGGAAGCCGGACGGGCCCUCUACAGGCAAGGCGACAAGUCGGACUGCACCUACAUUGUGCUGAACGGGCGCCUGCGCUCGGUGAUCCAGAAGGGCAACGGCAAGAAGGAGCUGGUGGGGGAGUACGGGCGCGGGGACCUCAUUGGCGUGGUGGAAGCCUUGACCCGCCAAGCCCGAGCCACCACGGUCCAUGCUGUGCGGGACACAGAGCUGGCCAAGCUGCCGGAAGGGACCCUCAAUAACAUCAAGCGGCGGUACCCUCAGGUGGUGACCCGUCUCAUCCAUCUACUGAGCCAGAAGAUCCUGGGGAAUUUGCAGCAGUUGCGUGGCCCUUUCCGAGGGCCCGGUCUCAGCGUGGCCUCCAGCUCAGAGCUGACCAACCCGGCCAGCAACCUGUCUACCGUGGCCGUCCUGCCAGUGUGUGACGAUUUGCCCAUGGCAGCCUUCACCCUGGAGCUCAAACAUGCCUUGAACGCCAUUGGCCCAACCCUGCUGCUCAACAGCGACAUCAUCCGAGGCCGGCUGGGGGCCUCAGCGCUGGACAGCAUCCAUGAAUACCGGCUCUCUGGCUGGCUGGCCCAGCAGGAAGACAUCCACCGCAUUGUCUUGUACCAGACGGACUACACCCUGACGCCCUGGACGGUGCGCUGCAUCCGGCAAGCUGACUGCAUCCUCAUUGUGGGGCUGGGGGACCAGGAGCCCAUGCUGGGCGAGCUAGAGCAGAUGCUGGAGAACACGGCCGUGCGCGCCCUGAAGCAGCUCAUCCUUCUGCACCGUGAAGAUGGGCCCAGCCCUGCCCGCACUGUCGAAUGGCUCAAUAUGCGCAGCUGGUGCUCGGGACACCUGCACAUCAAAUGUCCACGCCGGGUCUUUUCACGGCGCAGUCCUAAUAAACUGAGAGAGAUGUAUGAGAAGGUUUUUGAGAAAAAUGCCGAUCGCCACAGCGACUUCUCCCGUCUGGCGCGAGUCCUGACAGGCAACACCAUCGCUUUGGUGCUGGGCGGAGGCGGGGCCAGGGGCUGCUCUCACAUUGGGGUGAUCAAGGCCAUGGAGGAAGCCGGCCUCCCGAUCGACCUGAUUGGUGGAACCUCCAUUGGAGCCUUCAUUGGUGCCCUGUAUGCGGAGGAGAGGAGUGCCGUGCGCACCAAGCAGCGAGCCAGAGAAUGGGCCAAAAGCAUGAAUUCCGUGUUCGCCACUGUGCUGGACCUCACGUAUCCGAUCACCUCCAUGUUCUCUGGCUCUGCGUUCAACGCCAGCAUCCACAAGGUGUUCCAGGACAAGCAGGUGGAGGACCUGUGGCUCCCCUACUUCAAUGUGACCACGGACAUCACCGCCUCCGCCAUGAGGGUCCACAAGGAUGGCAGCGUCUGGCGCUUCGUCCGGGCCAGUGCAUCUUACACCCCCUAUUUGCCUCCUAUCUGCGACCCCAAGGACAGUCACUUGCUUGUGGAUGGCUGCUAUGUUAACAAUGUCCCAGCUGACAUUGCGCGCAACAUGGGUGCCAAGACGGUCAUUGCCAUCGACGUGGGCAGCCAGGAUGAGACCGACCUCUGUAACUACGGGGACAGCCUCUCGGGCUGGUGGUUGCUCUGGAAACGCCUCAACCCUUGGGCAGAGAAAGUGAAGGUCCCGGACAUGGCCGAGAUCCAGUCCCGCCUGGCCUACGUGUCCUGCGUGCAGCAGCUGGAGGUGGUGAAGAGCAGCGCCUACUGUGAAUACAUUCGCCCUCCCAUCGACCGCUUCAAAACCAUGGACUUUGGCAAGUUCGACGAGAUCUACGAUGUGGGUUACCAACAUGGAAAAGUGGUAUUUGACGGCUGGUGUCGUGGGGAUAUCAUUGAGAAAAUGGUAAAAGACCGGCAUUCCGCAGACUUCUAUGAGAGCAAACGCAUGGAUAUGAGCGGGCAAGAGGAGAAAACCAUACCAACACCGACUGGGAGUGAGGUUCCUACAACCCAGCCUGAUUUUCUGGUGACUACCGCAGACCCAGUAACGACCGUGGGGGUCGGGACAGUCCUGAACACCAUGUCCACCCACACCUUCCUGACCCCGAAAGCGUUGGGGCGGACAUAUGCACCGGGGUCUAUGCAGUGGGGCCAGUUCAACCCAGACUCGAUGGAGGGGACGUUUGUCCUCACGAAGGACCCCAGAUGUGACAGCCAUUUUGAUGUCAAAGCCCCGUGGGAGGGGAACUGUAUGGGGUGA